AGCAGACGAUAUAACUGGUAGCAAGUAUAUCCACACGUUACGACAAGUGUUUUCCCCGUUAGCCUCUCGACGAACUUGUCUUUCUUCCAUUCGCUUGUUACACACACUAUGAAAGCUUGCUUGUUCUUUGAGCUACACAGGAAUCUUCUCCACUGUUUUACCUUGUGCUCGGUUUGAAUGUUCCGGAAUUCGCUCCCUGACCCUUCACCUCUCUUCUCCCUUUCUGCGUUCUUGAUGGAUUCUUCUCGGUAGUCAUCGAAACCAACGUCGAUCCUGUCACUUGAAGCACCUUCGUUUAGCACCAUGCAAAGAAGACCUCCUGCAACUUUGGCAAAUGACUUCUGGUCACCCUUCAGACGCUGGACCAUAUCGCUGGAGCAUUGAUUUUUGGAAGGUACCCCACGUUAUCCUUGGAGGCUUCUUGGUCAUUUCGUACUAAAAUGUUAAAGCCAGUCCAGCUAGCUCUGUCUGCUGAGUUAGUUUGUGAGUGGAUCGAUGCCUUCCCUAUCACUGUCAAUGUGUCAGACCGUGUGGACUAUAUCUACUCUGCAUCUACACCAGGUCAAUCUGCACAGAAACAGCUCAAUGAGGAGUUGAGGCACCCACGUGUCUUUGAUGCAAAUGAUCGUGAUCUCAUUGAUGCAGAGGUGGAGAAAUACCUCAUCCACUUGAAGAUUACCGCCCUCAUCUGUACAACCCAGUCACUGGCCAAAUUGCCCCUACUGGUGUGAAUGUUGCUGAUUCGAUUGUGAUUGGAAGAAAGAUGGAAAGCAAAUACAUCGCCAGUCUCCCUGAUGGGUUCUACGACCCUAUUAGUAGCCCCAUCAAGAAAAUGUCUGUUCUCACGAAGCAGGUUAAGAGCAACCAGGCCAGGCCAGUAAUAGACCUUGAGAACAUGUUUCUCCGGCUAUUGAUGAUUGGUCAACAGCGGCAGAUGGAGCUUGGACCUCUGUUUGCCUAUGAGCUGUGUGCAGUGCCUUCAUCACUCAUUGAUGAGCAUGGUUAUCUCCGCAAAGGCAACAAGUCAGGGUUGGUCAAACUCCUUGGUGUGCGUGAGGUCUUGCCGUCAGCUACUGACAUUGUCAUCGUGGAUGUUUCACAGCUGUUCUACCAUAUUAUGUGGCCACAUGGUGGCAGUCCCUCAGAUCUGAUUGCAUCUAUUCAAUGCCGUUUAAGUCGCUAUCCAGAUGGUAUCGCGAAAAUCAUUGUCUUCGACAAGUACCAAGAUGUCUCGGCCAAGGAUCAUGAGAGAAUGAGGAGGGCUGGUAAAGUUAUCAUCGACUAUAAACUCUCCAUUACCAGUUAUCUGCCAAAAAUAGCUGCAAUCAUGAAGAGCAAGAACAAUAAGCAGAGGCUGGCAAGCGUGUUGUGUACCUUCAAUGUAGGAGAAAAUGCAACAAUAGAUACUCGGGACAAUGGUGUAUUUUGUCACGAUGAAGCCGACAUUACCAUGAUCUCCUAUGUCCUUAUGGCUGCUAAUUAUGGACAAGGCAUGAUCUAGUGUGUGCUUAGUGAUGACACAGAUGUGUUAAUCUUAGUGGUGUACUGGGUGUAUUGGGCACCACCGAGGUAUGUGGCUGUCACAAAGAACAUCUUUCAUGCACGUCAUACUGUAUCUGCUCUGGUAAAGAGAGCUGCUGCAAUCCAUACACGAAGCGACGAAAUGCUCAGGCUGAAGAUGCGAAUUGUUGAAUAAGGAUGUUGAGGGAGAGGAUUUUGUGGAGGGUAUAGAUCGUGAGGGUGAAGACCAUGUGGAUGUUGAGAAUAGUUUUUCUGAAUCUGAUUACCUGGAUGAUGAGUGGGAGUAAGCCAAUGUUCAUGCACUAUGUACCAUGACUGUGCCUACUGCAGCUAAAUAAUUUACAACCUACGUGUUAACAGGUGUGAUUACAUGUUUCAAAUAUGGCUUCUUACUGUUUUUUUAUCGCCAAAUAUGUCAAAUGAUAUAUGAUUAUCCAUUCCUGUGUAUGAAUAAACUAAAAUGUAAUUUAGUUGAAAUUUUCAUUCAUUGUUCAUUGCUGAAAAGUAAAAUUUGACCUUGACUUGACCUUUAGCUUCUGACCCUGACCUUGAACCGGAAAAAUAACGUCAGAAGUGGAUUCUACGCACCUAAAACACCUAUAAAAGAUGUAUUACACAUCAUUUUAGGUCAAGUGGUUAAAAAGUUAAAUUUUGAAGAUGGAGUCCAGCGGCCAUUUUGGAUUUGUGCAAAUUACUAGAGUUGCCCAAAGUUGCCAUUUGGACAACCAAGCUGAAUU